GUGUCGUCUGCCCUUGUGCUCGGGUGGAGUUGGAUGAAUCAGUCGACGACCAACGGUCUUGAGGAAAUGACUGAGCCUUUUGUAGUAGAAUGCUAACUUUUCCUUGGCUGCUAGCUGCUUGUCAUAUUUAAGGAUUCCUCUAGCCGAAGAGAAGAAGUGUUUGCGUGCCAACGUGUAUCCGGACAAAUAGUUUUCUUUUUCCUGAUUAGCCUUAACAUGUUAACAUCGGUUCUUGCUAACGUUGACUGUGGAGAGAAGCUGUCUUAACUUGGGAUAAAUGGCUACCGAGCGUGUCAUCAACUUGUGACUCUCUGUUUAGUCACUGUGGGCGAACAACUGAAAACUAGCACAGAAAGUGUUACAGUUAUUGUUGCUAUAUACCACAGCAACGAAGCCGAACCAAGUAAAAUUACAAUUUAAACCUGCCGUUUUGUAUUUGAUAAAAUGAAAGAGGCACAGUCGGAUGUAUUGGGAUUUGUUCCCCAAAAAGACAUCGUAUAUAACAAACUGCUGCCUUAUGCGGAUAGGCUCGAUGACGAAUCCAAUGAUCUUUUGAGUAAAAUUAAGGGGAACUUGGCCCGGGCUGUUCAGUUUCGAGAAAUAUGGCCCGGUGUGCUGUUUUGGACGAGGAAGCUUUCCACGUACAUACGACUAUAUGGACGAAAGUUUAGCAAAGAAGACCACGUGCUUUUCAUCAAGUUGCUCUAUGAGCUAGUUACCGUCCCUCGUCUCGAAGUCAGCAUGAUGCAAGGCCUGGCUCGUCUCCUCAUCAACCUGCUCAAGAAAAGAGAGCUUCUCUCAAGGGAGGACCUGGAAUUGCCUUGGAGGCCUCUCUAUGAACUGCACAACAGGAUCCUUUUCUCUAAGACGGAGCAUUUGGGCCUCAAUUGGUUUCCCAACUCUGUGGAAGGUGUGUUGAAGACACUUGUGAAAAGCUGCAGGCCAUAUUUUCCAGAGUCUGCAACCCAGGAGAUGCUGGAUGAGUGGAGACCCCUAUUUUGUCCAUUUGACGUCACCAUGCAGACAGCAAUCUGCUACUUUGAACUCUUUCUACCCACAACUCUACCACCGGAGCUGCAUCAUAAGGGCUUCAAGUUGUGGUUUGAAGAGUUGAUCAACUUGUGGGUAUCGGUGCAGAAUCUUCCAAGCUGGGAACUGAAUCUGGUGAAUCUCUUUGCUCGCUUGGCCAAUGACAACAUCGGCUACGUUGACUGGGAUCCUUAUAUUCCCAAGAUUUUCACAAGAGUCCUGAGGAGUUUGAAUCUUCCCGUGGGGACCAGCCAGAUGAUGUUCCCGCGAUACUUAACCAAUGCCUACGACAUCGGCCAUGCGGUGCUUUGGAUAUCGUCACUUCUGGGUGGACCAAGUAAACAAACUCAAGCACAGCUCACUGGCCUUUUCAACAGCAUCACAUCUUUCUUCCACCCAUCAAACCACGGUCGCUGGUUGAUGAAACUCAUGAAGUUGCUGCAGCGUCUUCCUGCCAGUGUUGUUCGACGGCUGCAUCGAGAGCGCUACAGAAAGCCUUCAUGGUUAACGCCGAUCCCUGACAAUUAUAAGCUCACUGAGGACGAUAUCACAGACUUUGUAGAGAGUAUGAUGCAGCCAGUACUGCUGGCCAUGUUCAGCAAAACAGGCAGUCUCGAUGCUGCUCAGGCUCUCCAGAACCUUGCACUGAUGAGGCCUGAGUUGGUCAUUCCUCCGGUUCUGGAGAGAACAUACCCAGCACUGGAAACUCUAACAGAGCCCCACCAGCUGACAGCCACACUAAGCUGCAUGAUCGGUGUCGCGCGGAGCCUAGUGUCUGGUGGAAAGCACCUUCCUGAGGGGCCCACUCACAUGUUGCCCCUACUCAUGAGGGCCCUGCCUGGAGUUGAUCCAAAUGACUUCAGCAAGAGCAUGAUCACUUUCCAGUUUAUUGCUACAUUUGUGACUCUUGUGCCUUUGGUGGACUGUUCAUCUGUUCUACAUGAAAGAACAGACUUGACAGAGGUGGAAAAGGAAAUGUGCUCAGCCUCUGCAGAAUUUGAAGACUUUGUGCUCCAGUUUAUGGACAGGUGCUUUGCCCUAAUCGACAGCAGCACUCGAGAGCAAACACGUGAGGAAACAGAAACUGAGAAAAUGACCCAUUUGGAGAGUUUGGUGGAACUCGGCUUAUCUUCUACCUUCAGCACUAUCCUUACUCAGUGCUCCUUGGACAUCUUCAAGGUGGCCCUGGAAAAGGUUUUUAACUUUGCAACCACCAACAUUUUUGAGACUCAUGUAGCUGGAAGGAUGGUGGCGGAUAUGUGCCGGGCUGCUGCCAAGUGUCACCCUGCAGAGUCUCUUAAGAUGUUUGUGCCUCACUGCUGCAGUCAAAUACACCAAAUUGCUUCUCAUGAAGAAGUAUUACAUGAAGAGGAACUUGACAAGGAGUUUUUAUGGAAUCUCCAGCUACUGUCAGAGGUUACUCGAGUGGAUGGUCACAAGCUCCUGCCCUAUUCCUCUGACUUGGCCCAGAUUUUGCAGUUGACCCUCCACCUCAAGUGUAAGCAGGGCUAUAUCCUAGCAUGCAACCUACUGCAUCACAUCCUCCGCUCUACUGCCCUCAUAUAUCCUACUGAGUAUUGCAGUGUGCCAAGUGGCUUCUGCCAACCAAUCACAGAGUACCUACCCAUCAAGGAUUGGGGUCGUCCAGGUGAUUUGUGGAACUUGGACAUCCGGUGGCAUGUGCCCAGUGCUGAUGAGACCACCUUUACCUUUUAUUUACUGGGCCUGAUUCUUAAGCCAGAACUGAAUAGGCUUCAAAGUUUUGCUGAGGGAGAACAAGAAAUGAGCAGAGAUGAUGUCUUACAGAGUCUCACCAUUGUUCAACACUGUCUCUUGGGAGCCGGUGGUCUUAUGCCUCCCUUGAAAGGAGAGCCUAUACCUGAACUGGUCCAUAGUAUGGUGACUCUAGAGGAGACCACCCUGUAUACUGGAACAAAGUAUGAUGAGUCCAAAGAGAACUACAGAGAUUCCAUUUGUCAUGUGAUGAGACAGUUGCUUCAUUAUAUACUGGAACACUCUGAAGAUGACACCAAGUCUCUUUUUUCCAUUAUCAAGAUUAUCAGUGAAUUGCUGCACUUUAAAGGUUCCCACAAACAUGAGUUUGACUCUCGCUGGAAGAGCUUCAACCUUGUGAAAAAAUCGAUGGAAAACAGGCUUCAUGGCAGAAAGCAGCAUAUCAGAGCUCUGCUCAUUGACAGAGUCAUGCUCCAGCACGAACUGCGCAAGCUGACGGUGGAAGGGUGUCAGUACAGGAGCAUUCACCAGGAGCUGAUGAGGGAUCUGUUGCGCCUCUCCACAAGCACCUACAGCCAAGUACGUAGCAAAGCUCAAAGUGUACUGUUCACUUCACUUGGCACAUACAAUUUCUGCUGUCGAGAUGUGAUUCCCCAUGUCCUUGAGUUUCUCAACCCAGACAACAGCAGCAUCACACAGCAACAGUUCAAAGGUGCCUUGUAUUGUCUGCUUGGGAAUCACAGUGGAGUGUGCCUGGCCAAUUUGCAUGACUGGGAGUGCAUUGCCCUGACUUGGCCUGCUAUUGUUCGAUCUGGCCUCAGUUCAGCCAUGUCUUUAGAGAAGCCCUCCAUAGUGCGGCUCUUCGACGACCUCGCUGACAAAAUUCACCGACAGUAUGAGACCAUUGGGAUCGACUUCUCCAUCCCUGAAGAGACCUGUGAUGUAGCCAAACAACUUAUGGUCACUGGAAAUCCCUUUCCUAAAGACCCUAUUCCUUCAGAGGAAGAAACAUCAAAAGGAGUUCACAGGCAGGAACUCAAGAAUUUAGAGUCUGGCAAGAAGUACCAGCAGCUCAUUGGUGAUUUGCUGAACUUCCUCAGCAACAGAAACUUGCCGUGGAAAUUUGAACACAUCACUAUUGGCUUCUUGUCACUGCUCCUGAGAGAUGACCACCAACUCCCGCCGGCAGCCGUUUUGUUCUUUGUCAAAACCCUUAACCACGACUCCCUCUACGUGCGCAAGGUGGCAAUAUCAGCUGUGGCAGGGAUCAUGAAACAAAUAAAAAUGCCUCAUAAGAAAGUGCCAGUCAGCCCUUCUGAGCUUUGCAAGCAGCACAAAGGUUUGUCUAGUUUUCAUCUUUGCUGUUCAAAAACAUUUUAUCAAACAAAUUGGAAAAUGUUUUCUGUUGGUGUAAAAGGUGCACUUCAAGAGACGGAAGGUAUAGUGGCCGGUGACCGCCCAGACAACAAGUGGCUGCAGUAUAACAGCAACAGCCUGCCAAGGACUCAGCAGGACUGGGAUCUCUGUGCCUUUGUGGAAAAGACUCAUUGGGGUUACUACAGUUGGCCAAGGAAACUGAUGAUGUAUGCUCCUGAGGAAGAGCAGCCCAAACAGAAGCUAACUAGAGAGGAAAUGACAGAGCGGGAGCAGAUCAUCUACGACCAUUUCUCAGACCCAGUAUUCAUCAAGCAGUUUAUUGAGUUUCUCUCUCUAGAGGAUCGAAAGGGAAAAGACAAGUUUAGCACGCGCAGAUUCUGUUUGUUCAAGGGUUUGUUCCGCAAUUUCAGUGACACCUUCCUGCCUCUGCUGCAGCCUCACAUGCAGCGCUUGGUAGCAGACACCCAUGAGAGUAAGCAGCGUUGUGUUGCAGAGAUCAUAUCUGGCCUAAUCAGAGGAUGCAAGCACUGGAGUUACUCUAAGGUUGAGAGCCUUUGGGAAGUGUUGUGUCCACUCCUUCGUACAGCCUUGUCCAACAUCACCGUAGAAACAUAUGCAGACUGGGGCACCUGCAUAGCCACCGCCUGCGAGAGUAGAGACCCUCGCAAACUUCACUGGCUGUUUGAGAUGCUCAUGGAGUCUCCAGUCAAUGGGGAGGGAGGCUCAUUUGUCGAUGCUUGUCGCCUGUAUGUGCUGCAGGGAGGCCUUGCUCAGCAGGAGUGGCGUGUGCCAGAGCUCCUCCACAGAUUGUUGCAGUACUUGGAGCCCAAACUGACUCAGGUUUACAAAAAUGUACGGGAGCGGAUUGGAAGCGUGCUGACCUACAUCUUCAUGAUAGAUGUCAACCUGCCUUACACUCAACCAACCACCUCGCCUCGCAUCUCGGACUUCACCGACAGAAUUUUGUUACAGCUGAAACCCCUGACUGAGGGCGACGAGGAGAUCCAAAACCAUGUGGUUGAGGAGAAUGAGGUGGGGGAGCAGGAUGAGAGAACACAAGCGAUCAAACUUUUCAAAACAGUGUUAAAGUGGCUGAUUUCAAGUGCCGGCCGCUCCUACUCCACCGCUGUCCCUGAGCACCUGCGCUUGCUGCCCCUACUCUUCAAAAUUGCUCCAGUCGAAAAUGAUGACAGUUAUGAUGAGCUGAAGAGGGAUGCAAAGACCUGCCUCUCUCUCAUGUCGCAGGGGCUCCUCUACACAGAGCAGAUCCCCAUGGUCCUCAAUGUCCUGCAGGAGAUUGCAGGCAGCAGCUCCUGGCACGCUCGCUACACGGUGCUGACAUACCUCCAGAUCAUGGCAUUUUAUAACCUGUUCACAUUCAUGAGUGACCAGAAAGCAGUGAAUGACGUGCGGGCGCUGGUUAUAAGACUGCUGGAGGACGAACAGCUGGAGGUAAGAGAAAUGGCAGCCACCACACUCAGUGGCUUCCUCCAGUGCAAUUUCCUGCGCAUGGAUGCCCCCAUGCAGGCUCACUUUGAGGCUCUGUGCAAGACCCGCCUCCCUAAAAAGAGAAAGAGGGGUGUCGGCUCAACAGUGGACACUAUACCUUCUGCCGACCUGGUGCGGCGCCAUGCUGGUGUUCUUGGGCUGAGUGCUUGCAUUCUCUCAAGCCCAUAUGAUGUACCCACCUGGAUGCCCCAGCUAUUAAUGGACCUCAGUGUCCACCUCAAUGAUACCCAACCAAUUGAAAUGACUGUGAAGAAAACCCUGUCCAACUUUCGGAGAACGCAUCAUGACAACUGGCAGCAGCAUAAGCAGCAGUUCACAGAUGACCAGCUGCUAGUGCUCACUGACCUGCUGGUCUCCCCCUGUUACUAUGCCUAAAACCUGACUACAUCCAUGCCAGCCUGCAUCAAGGAGGUGGCUGCAGUUCCAAGACACCAGGAAGUGGCACACAAAAUAAUUUGCAAUGUUGUGUAUUAUGUAUGUAGCUCAUUUACAUUUCUUCUAUACUUAAUAUUUAAGGAUCAAUCAUGGCAGGGAUGGAUGACCUGCAGUGUGUAAUAUUUCUGUUUUUUUUUUCUUUUAGUUUGGUUGUUUGAUCGUGUGUGUGGAUGCUUGAAAAUGUGUGACGCGUCGGACACAUUUCUCAGGGUUUACAUCCCAAGAAUCAACUCUGAGCCAACACAAUGUCCCGGUGUAGGACAUGUGCUUCAUUAUCAUCUUCCUUAAGUGAAGUGUUUGUCUUUAACUGCAAAACGUUGUCAACGGAACUCUUUGGAUUAGAUUGUUUGUGUGGCUGUUUGAUCUAGAUAUGAUUAUAUGCAUCGUGUGUGUCACGCUUUAGCAAAUAUGCACAAACAUAUUUAUUUAUUUAUAAGUUCUUGAAGUGCUGCAUUUAUAUUUUUCUAGCAAGUAUUUCUGCAGGUUAAGUAGGUGGGUUAGAUUUAUUUUUUGUUCUCCCCCCCCCCCCCCCCCCCCGGUAAAGCACUACAUCCUAUUUUCAGCUACUCUUGCAAAGAAAGGGGAGAGUGCACUCCCCCAUGCGGUGCUGUCAUGUUUGUGUUGUGAGUACCUGAGCACUUUUCAAGGUUCUCCAGCGCAAAACAUUGUUCACUGUGCCAGUCCAUAAUUUCAAUUAAUUGUUGAUUCCCCCUGCCCCACCCCUCCUAUAACUAUCUUAUUUAGCUCAGCUUAUGUUUUCCUGUCGUGACUUGAAAUGAGUCCCAACAUUGAAGCAUUUAGUACCUCACCUUUGUAUAGUGUAGUGCCAACAUUUCUGUGACUUUUUAUUUAGAUGAACUGUUUGCUCAUUGUAUGAUAUUAUGUAUAAAUAAAUUGUUUAUAAAACUA